GAAGCUUCCAAAAUUUAUCUUGACCCAGAUAAACCUUUUAUUGGUGAUGAUUACGAUGACGAAACUGAGAGUAAGGAGUCUGAAACUCAAGUACAGGAAGAAGUAGUAGAAGUAAAACAACAGGAACCUUCAACAUCUGUAGAAAAUGAAAAAACCAUACGAUACAUUGGAAAAGAUGAAAAUAUUCACUGCAAACCUCUGUUUGAAGAAAAUAUAUUUCAAUCCUGGAGAGAACCAACAAGCAAAGGCAUUAUGGACCAAAAGUAUAUUGAAAUAAUGGCUGUAAUUGAACAUAUGCAGGAUAAGCUUAAAGAGAUGGACGCCAGGGCCAGACGGGCAGAGCAGAAUUAUGACAAGGCAAAUGAGAAGCUUCAUCAUACCCUCAUAAAAAACAGAGAUCUGGAGAAGGAAUUAGAAGAAAUGGCCAAGAAAGUCAGAAAGGAGUCACGUGUAAGAAUAGAGGACCCCAAGGAGGAAGAAGAGGACGAGGACAAUGAAUAUGAACAAAAAGAGGAGAACCAAGGAGAGGAAUACAGACAUUCGAAAAAAUCCUCAAAGCAUUCAAAGAAAGAAGCACAGUCCAAAGAUGAAUCUAAGUCUGGAUCCCGGACUAAGUCUAAGUCCAAAUCCAAAUAGCUUCUUUUGAGACUGGUUCACAGUGGCUGUGCCUCUGAACAUGCAUAGUUAUUGCUGAGCUGUGGAGUUGGCAAUACAGCUCACAUGGAUGGACUCCCUUAGCAACAGCCGUUAGAAAAGCCACACUGUCCAAGCCAAGAAUGUUUUCCUUUAGAAGCAUGGCAGAGGCCACAGGGAGUCAGUACAUGAGUUUACCUGCCAGAUUAAAAACAGUUUGUGCAAAGGUAUGCUGGCCUCUUCAGUUGAUUUCCCGAGAGUUCUGUCAAAAGUGUUCAUUUCCAUGAAGAAAAAAGUGCUGUAGACUCAGCUCAGGUGGGAAGGAAAUAGGAAGGUUCAUGUUUUGACUCAGCAGAUUGGAUCCUGCUCGUUUGCUUAGA